AUGGAGUCGCUUUUGGUAAAUCUCAGGAAACAAGUUACUUGUUCCAUUUGCCUCGAUACCUACACCGAGCCCAAAACUAUAUCAUGUCUUCACACGUUUUGCUGUGAAUGUCUAGAGAAACAUGCAAGAGUGAGCCAGAAACAGGGAAAAUUCCGAUGCCCCGAGUGUCAGGCAGCGAUCGAUUUACCAGAAGGAAAUCGCUUCGACCGUUUGCCUAACAGCUUUUUCCAUAAAAGUUUGUUGAGUCUUCUCGCUGUUCGACAAAGUGGCGAGGCAAGUAGCAUUACUUGCUAUCAAUGCAGCGCAACCAACCCUCAGAUGUACUACUGCUUCGAUUGUGGACGAUUCAUGUGCCCUGAUUGUUUCAACGCACAUGAAGUGCUCAAGAAGUCUUUUCAAGGACAUAAAGUCACGCCAGUUCAAGACUUCAAAGCAGAAGAUUACGAAGCAUUGUUGAGGCGGCAACCGUUUUGUUCUCAAGAGUUCCACGAGAGAGAAAUUACACGGUUUUUUUGCUCGCAGUGUAAGGUUUGCAUUUGUCCAAUUUGCAUAGUCACGGAUCAUCAAAACCACAAAGUUGUUCUUCUCGACAAAGCAGCCCACGAGGAAAAGGAUAACAUCAUGUCGGGCGCAAAAUUGAUCAAGAAUAUGGAAAGCGAGCUCCAGGAAGUCAUUAGGCAGUUUGAAGAAACCAUUUCUAAGCUGGAAAGCAAUAUGGCAACGGCUAAGCGAAGCGUCAAGCAAGCAGCUGAACAAAUGAUCGCAAAUAUUCGAGAGCGCGAGCGAGAGGCGUUGGAAUCCCUGGAGGCAACACGCGUGUCGAGACUCCAUAUAAUUAACUCGGCUAAACGGGAAGUGCAAUCCUUAGUAAAACAAAUUAACCAAGCAGCUCAGUUUGCAGAAAAUCUGGUGCAGAGAACCUCAAGCUCGGAUAUUAUGCAGAACAAAGAAACUUUAAAGACCAAAUUUGAAGAGCUUCUGCGAGUUGAAGUUCCAAAACAUCAGCAGACGUCAUUCGUCAAAUUCACUGCGGCAUCUCAAAAGGACUUAAAACUGGGUUUUAUUGAAGUCACUGAAGACACCGCAAAGGCUGCUAAAUCAACAAUAGAAGGAUUAGAUAAAACUUUGCAGGCUGGUGUGGAAGCAGAGUUUACGUUAUAUCCAAAGACAUCUAGAGGAGAGAUGAGUAACGAGGCUAAUCUUAAAGGUCGUGUCGAACUGUUAAUUAAACCCGUCAAGGAUGUUAGAAACGUGGUUGUCGAAGAGAAAGAAGACGGCAAUCUUAGAUUGAAGUUUACUCCCAAAGCACCUGGCACCUGUAGCAUUGAGGUGAAGAUUGAUGGCGAUAAACUGCCGCACUGUCCCACGACAGUGCAGGUUAAAGAACGUGAACUUGUGGUCAGUCAGUUAAAGUUACAGCUCUUUAAAGGGGACGCGAUUGAACGGUUAUAUGGAAUUGCUGUGAAUACAGAGGGCCAGAUAAUUUUGACAGAUAACUUUGGCCACUGUGUUUAUGUCUUUGACAUAAAUGGCAAUUGUGUGAGAAAAAUUGGAAGCAAGGGUAACAACACAGGACAAUUUCAGUUCCCGGAUGGUAUUUCGUUGUUAAAUGACAACGAAGUCCUAAUUGCAGACUUAGGGAAUUCCACAAUACAACGACUUAAUAUUCACACAGGAACUGUAGUAAAAAGUUUUGGAAAAAUCGGUAAAGAAAAAGGAGAGCUAGGAAAUCCAGUAGACGUUACCGUCGACGAUGAAGGGCGCGUUGUUGUAACCGAGUGGGGCAAUAAUAGGAUACAGGUGAUGUCAGACGAGGGACAGUCUAUUUUCACAUUUGGAGACAAAGGCCCAGAGAAACUCUGUAGGCCAACCUGCUGCAUUCCUUACAAAAACAUGUUUCUCGUAUCUGAUGGAGACAACCACUGCAUAAAAGCUUUUGAUCAGUCAGGAACAUUCUUAUACAAGUUUGGCAAAGAAGGGUAUCAAGAUGGACAAUUUAAAACGCCGUAUGGUUUGCUUGUAGACAGCUCCAAUAAUCUUCUAGUAUGUGACUUUGACAAUAACCGAGUUCAACAGUUUUCUUUAGACGGUCGCUUCAUAGGCAAAAGUAUCACCCGUUUAUCUAAUCCUACGGCGAUAACAAAAGCAUCAGACGGGCGCAUUCUUGUUGCUAGCCAUGGUGAGAAAAAAGUGUACAUUUUGAAAUAGACUUUUACAAAAGUGAACUUUGCUUCCUGAACCUCUCCUUACCUGUGUUCUGAUUAAUUAUUUAAUGCUGUUUUAUCAUUUGUCUGGAAGAACUCUUAGCAAUAAUAUCAAGACUUGCUCUUAGAGACAAAAACCUUUUGACUUGAAGUAAUUAGCCCAGGUCUUUCAAGUUCGUCAGUUUCAAGCCGUUUUAAUCUUUUCCAUCCCUCGUCACUUGGUCAUCCAUGUUUCUUCUUGGGUCAUUAAUAUCCUCUUUAAUUGUUUUUUUUCUCCGAUCUAAAGUUUUUUUCUUUAAGGUUAAGGAAUUUCUGCGAAUUGUCGGUAGCGAUUUGAAUAAUCUAGACCAAGAUUUUUAACGGCGAGUCCUCAUAAAUGUCUGGUGUAGCAGACAAACUACAUGUUGUACAGAAACAUUAAACAAAUUUGACUUUUUGUAUACUUAAAAUAUAUAGCUGGAAAACGUUAAGACCAUGUGCAGCUUUUUGCAAUCAUUGAUUUGUCAGGAUAGAUUAAGUCCGGGUUUUUCAAUCUAAGAAAAUAUAUCUUUAAUUAAACUUUAAUUCAAGGACAAUUUAUGAUUGCAUAAUUUCACAUGUAUAAGUAAUCAACAAGCACAAGAAGUAAGGUGACAACUGUUUUUAAAAAUGGGCAUCUACUGGCUAAUUACGUCAUAAUUAG